CACCUCGGCGCCGCCAUGCGAGGUUUCCCGGCGGGGCCAGGCGGGGCUGGCGCGGAGGAGCGGAGCAGCGCAGGCCCGGCAGCCGCAGGAAGGGGAGGGAAGGCAGCCGCCGUCGCCAUCAUGCGUGCGCCGCCGGGGCUGGUGCGCCUGCUGGCGGCGCGGGGUUGGGGGCGAGCGCCGCGCCGCUACCUCGGCGCCAUGUCCCGGUACGUUACGGAGCAGCGGGGCCGGCCGAACUCUGCCGAUUACCGCCUCUACUUUAAGAAUGCAGAUGGUAAAUACAUUUCCCCAUUUCAUGACAUUCCACUGUUUGCUGGAUCUAAAGAGGAUAAAGAGAUUCCUGCAAAGAGGUCAAGAACUACUGGAUCUGAGGUCGUGUUUAACAUGAUUGUAGAAGUGCCUCGUUGGACGAAUGCAAAAAUGGAGAUUGCCACUGAGGAGCCGUUGAAUCCCAUUAAACAAGAUAUAGAGAAAGGCAAGCUUCGAUAUGUGGCAAAUAUCUUUCCUCACAAGGGUUAUAUAUGGAAUUAUGGUGCCCUCCCACAGACCUGGGAAGAUCCAAACCAUACAGACAACAAUACAGGAUGCUGUGGGGAUAAUGAUCCUAUUGAUGUUUGUGAAAUAGGUUCAAAGAUUCGUUCUUCUGGUGAGAUUGUUCAGGUGAAGGUCUUGGGUGUUUUAGCUCUUGUUGAUGAAGGAGAGACAGAUUGGAAGAUAAUUGCUAUCAGUGUGGAUGACCCAGAUGCUCACAAAAUCCAUGAUAUUGAUGAUGUCAGGAAGCACAAACCAGGUUACCUCGAGGCUACAGUUGACUGGUUCCAAGCGUAUAAACUCCCUGAUGGUAAACCACAAAAUCACUUCGCUUUUAAUGGAGAAUUUAAAAACAAGGAUUUUGCUGUUGAAAUUAUCAAAUCCACCCAUGAAUACUGGAAAGCUUUGCUUCAUAAAAAAGCUGAUGGAGGUAAUGUUAAGUGCACAAAUGUUUUGGUGAGGGACAGCCCGUUUUGUUGCAGCGAGGAGGAUGCCCGAUCAAUUGUGCAGUCGGCACCAGUGCAUGUGAAUGGAGAUUCUGUUUCCCCAGAAGUCGAUUCCUGGUACUUUUUCCCCAAGUGAUUGUCAAAGUGUUCUGAAGCUGCAUCUUCAAAUCUUGAAGUUGUCCCUUUUUUGAAGACUGGCAAAAGCACUAACUGUUGGGUUCCUGUUGAAACAACUUUCCAACGUGUGUAAACCUUCUCUCAUGUAAAUAAACAUUGACAUUAUAAA